AUGCCAGCACGAAGGAAGAUCAGAGUCGGCCAAAGAAAGAAAUACGCAUCUGUUCAGAAGAAGUCCAAAGUGUUUAAGAUUGAAGACAUUGUCGCAGCAGAAUCUGAUGCAUUCUUUGCAAAGCCACUGGGCUUCUUUUUGUCCGAUGCGGAGGAUAUUAAUAGCUUAACUGAUGUCAUUCCUGUUGAAGAUAUUGAUAGUGAUGGGUUUUCUGCAAAUGAAUUCAUAGUUUGUUUGGAUAAACCAUACAAAUACUCACCGGAUGUUGUUUUGGAGGACUUUAUAUUGAGCAAACUGAGAGAAAGCUGUGAGCAGGCUUUAAAAAGUGAUAAGAAAUUUAUGUAUAUGACUAACUCUUCAAAUUUGAAAUGUGUAGAACUGUAUGACAGUGAUGAGCACUGGGAAACGCCAAGAGUUAAGACAUGCAUAAGUGUAGAUAAAGACCUGGCAAUAAAAAUCAUGGUGCAUGGCAAGUCUUUACCUGACAGUGCCACAAUUUAUAGAAGAAUUGGAAGCUCAUGCUAUUCUAUGAAGACUAUUCAAAAAGUGUUUGACAUUAUCAGUGACUAUCACAUUUGUGAAGGAAACAAUGAUGCAGAGCUUCAGGAUCUCAUUCCAGUUGGAUCUUUUAUGGAUAUAUCCAAUGGAUACAAGUAUCAAGGUUACCGUGACUCUUUGUACAGCCAGUCAACGAUAAGAUCAAAGAGAUGUGACUUGUUUGUACAAAGGAAAGGUAGUCGCUGUAUUGGUUGUCAAACUUACCGUCGAACACUUCGCAAAGUUUUGAAUCGAAGAAAAAGUUCUCCUAAAGUUUCUACACCCAAGAAGGAUUGGACUAAAUGUAAAACUUCCAACAAGAACUUAACAGAACAUCAAAAAUUGCAUAAAAUUAAACAACUGAAAGACAUUACCUCCCAGUUGCAAUUGGAAAAUGCCCGUUUGAGACGUGAAAUUGCUUACAAAAUUAGAAGUGAAGGUGUCUGCUUGUCGGAAAAAGAAAGUAAAGACUUAUCUGAACUGAUGCAAAGUUGUGAAUGGGACGUUAAAAAGAGUCACCCGGAUGAAUCUUCAUAUCAGCGUUUGUUCUGGGAAGAACAAUUCAAGUAUUCGCAACUAAACGACAAUCGGGGCAUGCGCUGGCACCCAUCAAUUAUAAAAUGGUGCAUUUAUUUAAAAAGUAAAAGUGCUACAACAUACGACACUUUGAGGAAUUCUGGUUUUGUUAAACUACCCUCCGAGCGAACUCUGUUUGACUACACAAAUGCGAAUGCUAAAGGAGUAGGGUUCCUUGAGGGCAACAUUGACAUGCUUAUAGAUGAAACGGAAGGCUACACAGAUCACCAAAGGAUAGUUGGGUUGCUUCAGGAUGAAGUUAAAAUCAAAAGUGACCUCGUUUAUGACAGACAUACUGGUGAACUCAUAGGAUUUGUGAAUCUUGGCUCAAUUAAUAACAAUUUGAACGAUCUAAAAAAUGAAUGUGAUUGUUUAGCCAAAUAUGUGUUAGUUGUAAUGAGCUAA